GUCUCAAUGUUAAAGUGACAGAAAUAGGCCUAUAUUGGUGUUAUUGCUAACACUGAUAUAUUAAAACGGGAGGAGUUUCUCUCUGUCUUGAGGGCGUCACGCAGCUAGAAGAAGCUAGUAAAUCAAUGGCGUGCCCUUUUGCUCUGACAGUCAUGGAAGCUGAAUGAUACAGGUGAACCACAGUAAGGGAACAAGGGAGAUGGAAAUGAGGAGAUUUUUCAGAGCGCAGCGCUACAGCGAUGAAGACGGCAGUCAGAUCCAGUACCUGACAGCUAAGUGUAACCGCCUGACACAUGAAAAAGCAGUGCUGGAGAGGGAAUGCCUGGGGGCCAGGGCGAGAGAGAGGAGCCUGCAGAAUGAGCUGGAGGCUCUGUCCACACAGCUCUGCCAAAUGGAGAAGGUCAACAUAGAUUUGAUGUUCAAACACGACCAACUGCUCGGCAGGGUCCAUCAUGAACAGCAACGGGUGCAUCUUGUGGUGGAGGAGAGCUCCAGAGACGCUGCGCUGCUGGGCCUACAGCUGGAACAGGUCAACUCGGAGCUACUGCAUCUGCAGAGUUCUGAGGUGCAGCUGGAAGGCCUGGUGGAGGAGCUGCACACUGAGGACCUGCAGAGAGCUGCAUUGACGGAGGGCCUUCAGGCGCAGCUGCACAGUAAGGUAUUGGAGCUGGAAGAGCUUCAGUGCAGCUAUGCCGCCAGCAGCCAGGAGCUGGAUGAGCUGUGCAGCGCCAACCAGAGGAAGGUGCAGGGACUGCAGCGGGAGAACGAGGGCAGCCUGAAGAAGCUCCAGGAGACGGCCGAGCAGUUUGAGUGGCUGUGUGAACAGCAGCGCUACUGGAUGUGCUGUGUCAAGAGAUUCAAAGACUGCCUGUCAGAGGAGAAGGACGCUCUGCUGCAGCAGGUGAAACGGUUGGAGAAGGAGGUAGCAGAGCUGAGGAAGAGCUCACAGGGCUCAGAGAGCCCCUCCCAGAUGCUGUGUCUCCCCCUAGAGGACACAGUCAGCCAGCACUGUGACAGAAUUCCCUCAUGGGAAUCAGAUGAGAUGGCUGACCUGCAAACCCAGGUGGACAAAUGGAGGAAGCUGUAUGAGGACCUCUUCAGCCAGUUCACACCCCACCAAGGGAGGCACGCUGUUGGCGGAUACCAAAACCCUCCCUGAGGUCAGAAGACCAUGAAAUCUAUCUAUUUUUCUUCAACCCAGUGGAGGCACUCCUAACGUUCUAUUGUUUUUGUCUUUGUUUUUUUACCUGUCUUGAAACCACUCCAUGACCAUGACUGUACUGGAGAGUGAUUUGCAACUUUGCCACAGUCUAUUGUCUAUCCUUUGUUAUGGCCCUGCACAGUGUUUUCUUGUUUGGACACACUUUCCUGUCAUUGUCUAUUUUCAGACACACUGGUGGAACAUAGUAAAUCAACAAGUAAAAACGUAUAAAAACACAGAA